AUGGUUUUGGGAGGCGGAGGAGAUGACAGGAGUGGUGAAAUUGUGGAAGAGACACCAAAAGGUAGACGCACGCUCCGCAAUAAGAGAGUGGAGGAAAUGUUUGUUCAGGCGCAUCAAAUCCAUGUUUUGUCAAAACGUCGCAUAAUGUGGCUGUGGCCUUUGAGCCUACAAAAUAUUAUUAUGGCAAGUGUACGGAGUACGGAGUAG